AUGUACGCUGGCGGUUCAGGGCUGAAACGUAUGGAGCAAGUCAAGUUGAUGGUGCUUCCCUUGUCCACGUGCAGAUCUGGUCCUCCCAGUAUUUGUGCUGUUGGAACUGCAAUAAAACAUACCAGUAAGAAACCAUAUGCUUCAAAAUCUAAGUUAGAAAAGGCAGAAAGAAAACUAGCCGCUGGUACAAUUUCGUGGGGACGAACUGAUCAUUCAGCCAAGGUGAUCCAAAACCAGGGGCAUACAUUACUGUUGUGGUUCCUCCCGCAGCGGAAACAGCCCGGAGAGCGACCAGACGAUGUGAACGGCUGUAGCUGUGGCAGCGCCAUGUUUGAGCUGUUGCCCCCACUCCUGCGCGUGCCUCCUUGGCUCCGCUGCGCUGCAGGUACUGCUGUCCCUCUAUGA